UGCUGCUUCCGAGCUCGAAGAUGAAGAUGAAACAAAAUGGUGAAAAACGACGCCGCGAAUACAACAAAUCUAAGUGGGACCAUGGACGAAUUGGAAAUUAAAAUUACGUACAAAAACAAAGUGGCGACGCCGGAAGAGCCACUUGGUUUCUUCCUCGGGAUUCAAAUGAAGCAGAAGACGCCGUCAAAGGCGUCCUCGUCGGCUUCUGCUGCGCAGCAAGCUGGGAACGCCACCGUAAUCCGGCAAAUCCAGACUUCUGCUGCUCAGCAAGCUGGGAACGCCACCGUAAUCCGGCAAAUCCAGACUUCUGCUGCUCAGCAAGCUGGGAACGCCACCGCAAUCCGGCAAAUCCAGACUUCUGCUGCUCAGCAAGCUGGGAAUGCCACCGCAAUCCGGCAAAUCCAGGCUUCUGCUGCUCAGCAAGCUGGGAACGCCACCGCAAUCCGCCAAAUCCAGGCGCGUACCCCCUCAUUUUCUCACAGUGCAGGGUCUGGAGUGCGUAAGCCCUCGCCGGCUAGCACGGCUGCCGUCAUUUUAAGAGCAGUUGGGGCGACGGCGCUACUGCAGCGCGUGGGCCGACCGGAACCCCUGACUCCGAAUCUAAGAAGAACGGCCAUAAAUGCCAUCGCCGACCAUUUCGUUAUAAAAAAAAUUCCACUGUCGAUAAGCAACUGCCGGAAUUUGGAGAGCGAACUCCUGAGUCUUUUUCCCGGGGAACAGGAAAGCGACUACACAGUGAGCGGUCGGAGCCGAAUGUAUGUCAGGUACAACAACAGGAAGCGGCUAGAAAAGCACCAUGCUAAUAUACGACGGAAGCUCAUCUGGACUCCAGCGACGACUGAACCAUUGACGCCGAAGACAUCGGUGGCCUCAGGGUCCCAGACACUGCCGGUUGCGUUUGACGAGGUGCCAGACGCUAGAGAGAAGUAGAGCCAGCAAAAAAUAAUGGAUUUUUCAAAAUAAUCCUUAAAACAAAAAGUAUUUACUAUAUAUUCAUUCUACGCUUUAAGUCCUGAAAUGAAGCUUUUCUGUUAUUACUUUUAAUUCCAUUAAUAUUAAAGGGGCUUGGUACCUACCGACUGAAUAAACUGCCUCUAGUAUCUUAUGCCAUUUGAACCGAGUUUCUAUCAACAUAAGACUUUUCAAUAUCAACUUACAAAAUCCUAAAAUAAAUAUGAAUACUUUUACUUUUACUUUACUUUACUUUUUUUAUUUGCAGGUGAAUUUAUUGCAGAUUGAUUGCUCUUUCCCGCAUCUGUUAAUUUAAUUUGAAUUUGAAUUUUAACGGGGGUUAUAGUGGGCCUAUUGCAAGGUCUAUUGAAUGUGGGGUAAGGCUGGCACUCUCUCGUUUUCUCUUUCUCCCCUUACCUUCCAUGUAAUAUACCUUGGGACAUUACAGCUGAUCCGUGUCUCAAAUGGAUCAUAGGCCAGACCUUUGAAACCUGAACCAACUUCUCGUUUCCAUUAUGUGUGGCUGUAGCGCAUACGGAAUUCGUUGCUGGCGGGACACAUACUCUGAUUCACGUCCCCCUAACACGCAUCGAAGUGG